AACAAGAGAUUCAAUCGAUCCAUACCUAGAUUCAUAUUGGUCUACGAAGUAUUCUCUACAGUAGUUCUUCUCUUUCUGUGGUCUUAUCUAUUCGCUUCUUUAUACAAUUGCUAGGGUUUCAACUGAUGAGCAUUGAAAUCAUUAUAUAUACAGGAACAGAGACCAACCCAGAAAUACAGAUCAUAUACUGUAUAUUCGAUUGGGGUCAUUGAAGAUUCCGGAUGAAGGAAACUAGUCCCACAAUCUCGACCAAGAGAAUUCGAAAACUGAAAAGCUACUGCAGCAGUGGCAGGAACACGUAGCUUUACAACUGGAUUAUCAUAUCGAACAGAUCCUCACUCUUCUGGUCAACCUGUGUCCCAAUUCUCAAAAUCUCCAAUUCCAUGGCGAAUCCCAUAAUCUCUAUUCCCCUCCAAGAGAGAAUCCCUUGUAGAAACACUCUACGGAGAGUCCUAGACGUCAUCAUCUUCUUUCUCCUCGUUCUCCUCCUUUUAUAUCGUCUACUAUCAUUCAACGUUCAUGGCUUCACUUGGAAGCUUGCAUUCUUCUGCGAGUCAUGGUUCACCUUCUGCUGGAUCCUCACCAUGAAUGCUAGAUGGACUCCUGUUGACUACACCACCUACCCUGAACGCCUCUUACAAUGGUCUGGUGAUGAGCUUCCCCCAGUGGACAUGUUUGUGACAACAGCAGAUCCAGUUCUUGAACCACCAAUUAUCACUGUCAACACUGUGCUCUCCUUGUUGGCUGUAGACUACCCAGCUCACAAGCUAGCUUGCUAUGUCUCUGAUGAUGGUGCUUCUCCUCUUACCUUUUAUUCUCUUGUGGAAGCAUCUAAGUUUGCUAAGCUUUGGGUUCCUUUCUGUAAGAAGCAUGAUGUUCAAGUUAGAGCCCCCUUCAUGUAUUUUUCUACUGAGCCCAUAUCAACUUCCCAUCUCUCAUCAGAUUUCCAACUGGAAUGGAAGAAGAUUAAGAAUGAAUAUGAAGAGCUUAGCCAAAGAAUCGAAGAGGCUACUCAGAAAUCCGUUCCAUGUGAUCUGAAUGGUGAAUUUGAAGCUUUCUUAAACAUAGAACGUGGAAACCAUCCCAGUAUAAUUAAGGUCAUAUGGGAGAACAAGGGUAAUCUUCCAGAUGGGAUGCCACAUUUGGUAUAUGUCUCCAGAGAGAAGCGGCCCAAGAACCCGCAUCAUUACAAAGCAGGGGCCAUGAAUGUCUUGACCAGAGUCUCAGGGGUGAUGACAAACUCACCUUUCAUGCUCAACGUUGAUUGUGAUAUGUUUGCGAACAACCCAAAGAUUGUUCUCCUGACAAUGUGUUUCCUACUUGGUUUUGAGAAAAAAUGUGAAAGUGGAUUUGUUCAGUACCCACAGAAGUUCUAUGGAGCUCCAUUGGAUGACCCAUUCGGAAAUCAAAUGGUUGUACAACAUCAUAAUGCGGGCCUUGGAUUAGGAGGAAUCCAAGGGUUCUUUUAUGGUGGAACAGGAUGCUUUCAUAGAAGGGAAGUUUUAUAUGGACUAUCACCGGAAGAAGCAGAAAAUAAAGCAAGAUAUAUGAGUUUAAGAAAUGGAAAAUCACCAUAUGAGGCACUUCGAGCAAAAUUUGGAUAUUCUCUUGAAUUUUUGGAAUCGGCGGGUCGGGUAUUAUUUUUGAACGAAAACCCUGACCAUCUGAAAGAUCUUUCGAGCUCUAUCAAGGCAGCUUUCUCAGUCUCAACUUGUGGACACGAGUCCAACACACAAUGGGGUAAACAAGUGGGAUGGGUCUAUGGGUCCACAACAGAAGACGUCCUCACUGGACUAAGGAUUCAUGCAAAGGGUUGGAAGUCAAUCUAUUAUGACCCGAACCCAUAUGGAUUUCUUGGGUGCGCACCCGCCACUGGGCCCACGACAUUGACCCAAAUGAAGAGAUGGGCCACUGGUCUUCUAGAGAUUCUAUGCAGCAAAAACAGUCCAAUCCUCGCCACCCUCACUGAGAGGCUUCAGUUCCGGCAAUGCUUGGCCUAUAUCUACAUAUUGAUUUGGGCCCUGCGUUCUCUUCCUGAUUUGUGCUACAGUCUACUGCCAGCCUACUCCAUCUUCACCAACUCUAGUUUCCUACCUACGGAAUCCGAACUGGCCUUCUUCAUUGUUGGUUCUCUUUUCGCGGUUUACAACCUUAGCACCCUAUCAGAGUACUUCCGAUUAGGCUUACCGGUCCAAGCAUGGUGGAAUAACCAGAAAAUGUUGAGGAUACAAUCAUCUACUGCAUGGUUGUUUGGGCUAUUGGAUGUCAUUCUUAAGCUGUUAGGAAUAUCAGAGACUGUCUUUGUGCUAACACGAAAAGAUCAAAGCACAUCAAACAAAGGUAAUGGUGACACAGACUCCAAUAGCGGUCGGUUCACUUUCGACGAGUCGCCGAUCUUUGUUCCGGCCACAACCCUCUUAUUGGUUCACCUAAGUGCACUUACAAUGGCCAUUUUGAGGGUUCAGCCUUCUCAAACGGUCCAUGAUGGCCGUUUCGGUCUGGGGAUUGGAGAGAUUAUUUGCAGUACAUGGAUAGUGUUGAGCUUCUUGCCAUUUUUGAAAGGGCUUUUCCGGAAAGGAAUUUAUGGGAUCCCGUCCUCAAUCUUGUACAAGUCUGCCACUUUGGCUUUACUCUUCAUGUUCUUCUCAAUGCAUCUCAGUUCGAAAGGUCGAGCCUUGUGAGUGUUUACUUCCAUACAUGGUGAGAUCAAGAAUAUAUAUAUAUUUUUUUGAUGUAAAACAAGUUUUCCUUUUCCAUGAAUGCUAAAACUUAUUCAUUA